UUCAGCUCGUGCAAUAACUUUUCCAUCUUUCGCAAAUACCGCGUUUACCAAAAGCCGGUAUUUAUAGUGCAAGUGAUACUAUUACACAAUGGCACACUUGCUGCGAUUCGCUAGUCAACGGUCUGUGUGUGGGGCUUUAAUACAACCGAUUCGAAUUGGAUCCUGGAGCAGAUACAGUUCCGAAGGAUUGACACCCCCAUACACCCCCAGUACAGCAGUAUCUUCCGAAGAAAACGCAUCCGUUGAAGCUAACCAAAAAGUUGGCGGAUUUGCAAAAGCUUACAAAAAACACAGCGAAGCGCUCAAUCCGGAACUUCCCAACGAACCGCCAAAGACGUUCGCCGCCUUGCUGAGACACUCAAAGUUUGUUGAUCUUGGCGACCCGGAUGGAAAGGUUGUAACUGGAAAAAUAUUUCAUAUAGUCGAAAAUGACCUUUACAUAGAUUUUGGCUGGAAGUUUCAUUGCGUUUGCACACGCCCCACCAAGAAUGGCGAAGAUUACGUGAGAGGUGCCCGAGUACGGCUACGAGUUAAAGAUCUCGAACUGUCCACGCGCUUUUUAGGAUCGAACAAAGAUCUUACCCUGCUGGAAGCUGACUGUCAGCUGCUAGGAUUGAUUUCUUCUCCCGCUACACGAUCACAGCAAACACGAAACACAUAGUUGAUCAAGCAAAGCAGCACAGUCAUCAAUGAAGUAUAUAAGGCGUAGCAAAUAUUAUAAUCCAAAACCACAAACCCCAGA